AUGGCUGACAAUGCCGGCCUCUCAUUGCAGUCACUCGUACUAGAGGGCCGUUUGCCUCAAAAUUUGGCCAAAUACCAUGCAUCAAUGCUCAAUAUCACUACAAUUUCCCAGGUAAGCAAACUAUCGGAACUUAUACAUACUGAGAAGUCAAACACGCUCAAUUCGCUGCAAAACUACAUACAAGCGUCCCACUCUUCGACCAACCAACGCGUCAGGAAGCUAGAGCUAGAACGAACAAAAUUGAUGCAUACUUUAUCCGCCUUACAUCAAGUCUCAGAGUCGAACUCGAGCGCUAAAUUGCUGGCCAAAGACGUGUCUUCCAGAAUUGUUUCCGUCAAAAAGGAGAGAGAGAUCGUUAUGCAGACUCUAAACUUCGUCUCUGAUGUGAGCACCUUGAAGCACAACAUAGCUCUUGUUCAUGAAGCCUUUUCGCAGAAAAACCUUUUAUAUGCGGCAACCAAGAUCAACAUAAUUCGCAAUCUCCCCGAGGAAGUCAUCGACAGUGAAUUUACUAGAAAGAUGGUUCCCUCUAGUGAAAUUCCGGAGGAACCGGGUGUUUUGCUGAAUCAGUGGAUUCAAGAGUUGGCCACAGCAUUUCAAGAGAAAUUUCAAAAAGCAGUUAAGGAUCAAAAAGUAGGCGAAUUGACAUCAGUUUUCGAAGUAUUCCCGUCCAUUGGAAAAGCGGAAUUGGGCCUUGAUUUGUACUCCAAGUAUGUUUGUGACAUGGUAGCAGAACAAAGUCGAAAGAUAAUGACAACGGUUCCAAACAAAGGCCCUACUUUUUAUGCGCAGGCACUUUUGCAUUUAUUCAGAAUUGUAUCCACGGUGAUAAAUGAGCACUCCAAAGUCAUAGCGAAAUAUUACGGUAAAGAGUGCAUGGCCCACAUAAUGACUAAAAUACAAAAAGAGGCAGAUAUGCAAGCUGGCCUUAUUUUAGACACAUUCGAAACCAACAGAAACGUUGAUGAAAUUGUUUCGAAAGAUUUUUCCAGCCAACAGAAAUUCGAUAUUGUUGAACCUUCACUAAAUGAUCACUUUGCGCUUGUUAACGAGUUUUCUGCCAUGCUUCAAAAUUGGUCAAUGUAUCGUAAAUUUUUUGCCUUGAAAUGGCAAGAGUUUAGCGGCUUAGCGGUAGAUGAGAAACUGGUAGUACCUGAUCCGAUAUCAAAAGGAGCUUUCACCCUCAAAACCCAAAACCAAAAAGUCUUGACCAAAUUUGAGAGGCUCGUCAACAUUUACUUGUACAGAUCCUUCCAUCGAAGUCUAUCUCUCGAGGAAUUGCCCUCCUUAAAUGAUAUUCUUACGAACCCCUAUGUGAAGCAAGCUGAUUUGGGGAGUUACCCAGUUUCAUCAGUCCUUGACGAUAUGACAAUGUUGAUACGAUCAAGUCUGAUAGCUGUCGUUAACAUCGGAGAGGGCUCAAUUUUGAUGCAGUUUCUUGACGAUUUGACAAAAUUCAUUCAAAGCGAGUAUCUCGUGAAGUUUCUCCAAUCGAAUCUGAAGCAACUUCAGCCCCGACUUGCAGGGAACACUGUCUUAAGAGAGCACAAUCCUCCCUCAGAGUCUGUUGUUGCUUCUCGAGCCGCUUCGCCUGGUGUGGCAGAUCAAGGCAAACUCUCAAAUUUGCGCUUUAAUUUCAAAGGUGCUGCUUCAACUGCGUUCUCAAACAUACAGUCGAACUUGCAAGCCGUGUAUGUCGACGAAGAAUCGGUACUCAAACUACAUCAGUAUCUGAUCUACAUGAAUACCAUCGGCGUUGGAUGCGAAUACUUUGAUCGCUUGCUCGUGAAGGAUCUCGUCCAGGACAAUGCCACAUUGUUGAGUGACACGUUCCCUUUUGAAGACUGGCCUAAAGUUCUCUCAGAAAAAAUCCAUAGCGUCCAAGACACAAUUUUAUCUCAAAACAAGAAAUUGCUACGCUGGAGCGCACGCGUCGUGUUCGAAGUGGUGCUACAAUCAAGAAUCACCAAAAUCAUGGGCCCCAUUUUUAGUUCAACACCAGAAGACAAUUACCUCUGUACUGCCGAAAAUUUCGAAGAUAUCUCCGACAUUCAAAGUUUCAAAGUCAUGUGGCUGGAGCUCAUACAACCCUACGAAAAAAUGCUUUACAAGACAUGCUACCUCGAGCUUUUAACAGUUUUGGUUGAGAAUUUGGUAAAUUCAUUGAGCACUAGAAUUUGGCUCUUACAGGUGAACGAGCUGGGUGCAAUUAAACUUGAUCGAGAACUCAGUGCUCUGAUUUCUUUAAUUUGCCGUGACAGAUAUUCGCUCAGGGACAAAUUCACGAAUCUUACUCAAAUGAUCUUAGUUCUCGGGCUCGAUGAUGAUGAUUUUGACGUUAAUAGCGGUGACGUUAAAAAGGAGAUUUUAGAAGGGAUUACCUGGACUUUGACUUUCCAAGAGCGCAUCGACGCUAAGAAUUUAAGAAUAGAUAGGCGUCGCCAUUGA